AUGAAAUUCAAAUUCUGCUCGGACGGUGACUGUCCCCUGUGGGCUUUGGCGGCUCUGCACGCACUGGGCAGCCUCCCUGCUCCGGUCUUCAGGACUCUUCUGCAUCAUGUAGUUGAAGAACAACCUGACGAUGGCAUCAUAGAAAUAUUAAAAGACACGAGCUUGUCAUCACGUGACGAAUGCGCGCGCGCAGCCGCAGUGCUACGUUGGACAAUGAAGCAGGCGCACCGCUGUGGGUGUAGCGGGGUUCAGCUCGCCCGCGAUCUCUUGGUUCUGGGAGUUCCCCGCGCGCAUGCGUCAGCGCUGGCGGAUGCUGCGGAGACUGGACGAGAAGCGUAUGAGUCGCAUGUCAGGAAUAAUGGCUUUAUGGUUAAUAAGCUCACAGAUAUAACAGCAUCGCCAGGUCCCGAAGGUACGGUAGACACUUUCAAACUCACCCUACAAUCGGACGAUGUGUUUACUGGAGAACAAAACACAACCAAUAUUAUAGUUGACAAAUCCCAAGUCAAAUUUUUGCUUGAAGAACUCAAGAAAGCCCAAAAGAAAAUGGAUGAAAUAAGUGCAGAA